UUUUAAUACGUCACUUGUCGCGUGAAAUUUGAAUUCUUUUUUUAUCCUCUCCUUUACACGAUUGUAAAUAAGUUAAGAUAAUAACAAUGGGAAAGACAAGGGGCGUACAUGAAACCACACCGGAAUUAAGAAAUCGUAUGGUUGGAAUGUACGAGGCUGGCUUGGGACUUCGUGAAAUUGCAGCUGCAGUUAAUUGUUCGCAACGUACAGUCAAAAGAUGGCUCAAUCGAUUCGAUAAAGAAGGUAAUGUGGAAACCAGAGAACGUUGUGGUCGUAAAAGAGCUACAACAGCUGAACAAGAUGAAGCGAUAAUCAGGCUUGCUACACAAACACCUUUAACUGCUGCGAAAGCUGUGCUUCCAGCUUUAGGACUUACCUGUUCUGUUGAUACUGUACGAGAGAGAUUACAUAAAGCAGGAAUUCAUAGUUGGACUCCAUCUAGAAAAUAUAUGCAAAGGAUUCCACUUGGUAACGAUACAGAUGGUGCAGCUAUUCAACAAGCCGUAUGGAGACCUACUGGUACUCAAUUAGGGAAAAAGAAAUCAAAUAAAGAUACCAACAAGAAUGAUAAAACUAUUCCAAAAAAGAAAAAUCCUCCACGCAAAGUAAGAGCCAGAGAUAUAUAUGUUGGCGAUGGCGCACCCGUAGAUAAUUUAAAACAAUCUAACGAACAACAAGAGUUUGGAUUUGCCCAACAAAAUAUUCCCCAAGAACAAACUAAUGAAAUACAAAAUGCUACACAAGCUUUACCCGACAAUCAAACAGAAUUCAAUAGUGGAUUAACUAUGAAUCAACAGCCACAACCAAUGUAUCAACAUCCUAGUAUGAAUAUCGCACAAAAUAAUUGGCCUCUUGAUCUUGUACAAGGCAGUCAUCAUUAUCCACAAGGUCAACCAACUGCAGUAACUCAUAAGCCAAUGGCACCUCAACAUCAACUUCAAGAGCUUCAUAGUCAAGGAGAGCAACAUCAUAUGCAACAAGUGCAACAACAACAACAACAACAACAACAACAAAUACAGCAACAAACUCAGCAAAGAUUGCAGGAAGAAACGAAUAUUCAUCAUUCUAAAUUUGACUCUCAGCAAGCACAAAUUCAAGUCGAUCAUCAGGUCCAACAACAGCAAGAACAAAGCCUACAAUCAAAAUUGUCUAAUCCUGUGAAUAGUAGCACAAAUAUUGCUUCAGAUAGUUCAAAUUCGUGUAGUUCUCUUGAAAGUAAUCAAUUGUCAAAUACAGAUAGUGUGCAAGUUGACGAUACACCAAAGGCAGAAAGUGAACAUUCAGAAAGACAAAAGAAAAAAAAGAAAGGUGGUAAAGCAAAGGGAACACUAGAAACUAGUGUAGAAAUUAGAAAUCGUAUGAUUGGGAUGUCGGAAGCAGGAUUAUCUACAUUAUCCAUUGCAUUAGCAAUUGAUAGAUCGGAACGUACUGUUAAAAGAUGGUUAGAACGUUGGCAUAAAGAAGGAAAUGUACAAACGAAAGAAAGAAAGGGUCGUCGUCGAAUUACCACUAAAGAACAAGACGAAGCUAUUGUCGCAAUGGCUACUCAACAUCCAUUAACAGCAGCAAAAUAUGUGGCUCCUGCUUUAGGAUUGAAAUGUAGCGUGGAUACGAUUAGGGAGCGCCUUCAUAAAGCAGGAAUACAUAGUUGGAAACUUGGAAAGAAACAGGGAGAAGGUAAUGCAGUUCAUACGGUUCAUCUUUGGCAACCUAGUGGUAAUCGUCUUAAUAAACCAAAAACUUCUGGAGAUAAGAAAAAGAAAUCAAGUGAUAAUAAAAAGAGAGAUCAUUUAACAAAUAAUAUACAAAAACGAAUAUCUAGAAAAAAGAAAAUUGAUUCUUCUCCUUUAAAAGUUGUACCACCACCAGCAAAUAUGGUUCCUGAACAAGCUCCUAUGCCUUUCCAUAAUCCGGCAACGAUGCCAAAUUAUGUUGGAAAUAGUAACAUAUUGCAGCCUGUUCAUAACAUCUCUGCACCUCCACCAUCAAUUCCUCAACCACAACCACCACCGCCUCCAGGUCCACCUCCAGGACCGCAAUCAAUGCAACCAAUGGGUCCUAUUAUGCAACAAAGACCCGAUUGUAGAUUAGCUCCUUCUAUAGUUCCACCUGUAUCUACUCAAGGUAAUUCUGGUGCAGUUUAUGCAUCAUGUUUGGUGGCAAAUAAUAAUCACACAGGUCAUAUGGAACAACCCGAUCCCUUAAAUUAUGAGCCAUACAUAUGGAGCUUUUAAGAGAUGGGUAGAAAUUUGUAUCAAAAAUAGAGUACAAUCUGGUAUAUUCCAGUAAUGUGUAAAAAUUUGAGAGUUAAAAAGUAUUAGAGAAAAAGCAUUAAAAUUUUAAUACUGUGUGUGUGUGUGUAUGGGGGGAGUUCAAUUUUAUUGAAACUCAAAUUAAAUUAUUUUAUAUCGAUUAUAGGAACAUUCUACUAUCAUUUUUAUUUCUUAAUAGAUAUAAAUUAUGUAUUUAUCAUAAAUAAAACAGUAUUCUUAAAGAACGUCCAUAUAUAAUACUGAUAAUACAUAUACAAGUUAAUAUAUAUAAUUGUGUAAAAAAAAAAAAUAAGUAUUUGCAUGUUCAUAUUACAUUAUAUCAAAACCAGUGUUUCUUAACAUUUGAUUAGGAUCUUUCAAAAAAAAAAAAAA